AUGCUAGAUUAAUUGUCUUAAAUAACACUCAGUGAAUCUUGCACAUUUGAGACUUAAAGAUAGCCUCCAAGAUUAUAAACAACAGAGAAAAAGGGAAGUGGAAGAUUUACUUUUCUUAAGUCUGAGUCAGAAGAUAAACAAACUUAAGUACAAAAUAAUCGAGACAGAAUUAAGUAGCAAUUAAGAGGUAGAUUCAAUUAAAUAUAGAAUAGGAAGGAUUUAAUUGAUAAUAAAGAAACCUUUAAAUGAUGAGAAGGAUUUAUGGGAAGAACUAUAGGAGUUAGGGCGUAAAUUAGAUGUUGAAAUAAAUGAAUUUGAUUCAGAAUAUAUAUGUCCUAAUCUAAAAAAGUUUGAUGAAGAUUAUGAAAUGAUGGAAAUAUUAGGAGAAGGCUGUCUUGGAUUGGUUAAAAGGAUUGUACAUAAAUAAUCAUAGAUUGAAUAUGCAGUGAAGAUCGUCCAAACUCAAGAUGAUGAAAUAAUAAGAAAUGUAAUAAAAACAUAUAAAAAGUAGAUGAUUCUCGAGUUUAAAUCGAUGUUUAAAUUAUAACAUGAAAAUAUUGUUAAAGUUCAUAAAUUAUAUGUUGAUUUCAAUAAUGGGUUUCAGUCUGAAAGUAAAGCUCAUGUAGUAAUGGAAUUGAUUAAGGGAAAAGAGAUGUUUGAAGUGAUAAAUGAAUUAGGACAUUAUAGUGAGAGUGAUGCUAAGGAGUUAUUUAAGUAGUUAUUAAGUGCAAUAGAGUACAUGCAUAGAAAUGGUAUAUGCCAUAGAGAUUUGAAACCCAAUAAUAUAUUAUGCGUUGAAAGUAUUUAUAUAAAUUCAAUAGAUAAAAAUUAGAUCAAAGUAACUGACUUUAAUGUAAGUAAAUUUAGUGAUGCUUAUAAAGAAUUCGGAGAUCUUAAGGAUAGAGAGAAAAUUGAAAUGUGGACUUAUACUGGCACUGUAGCAUUUUCAGCUCCAGAAAUAUUUUCAGGAGAAGGUUAUAAGUAAAUGUAAUAUUAUAUAAAAAAGUUAAAUGGUUGAUAUGUGGAGUGCAGGUUGUAUUUUAUAUUCUAUGUUAUCGGGACAAUUACCAUUUAUCUCUGAUUAGUAUGAUAUACAAUCAAAUAUUAUAGUUUAAAUGAUUUGAUUGAAAAAAUCAAAGAAGCAGCUCUUGAAUUUCCAAAUGAGUUAUUUGAAUAAGUUUCAGAAGAAGCCAAAGAUUUAUUAAUAUAACUAUUGUAAAAAGAUUGGACAUUUAGACCUCAUCCUGAUGCUGCUCUUAAACAUUCAUGGUUUUAAAUUAUAGAGGAUGAUUAAGUCAGAAAAAAAUCACUUAGAAAAUUAGCUAUCAGAAAAAAUAUGCCAAGAUUAUCAUCUAAAUAUUCUAAAAAUAGUCAUAAAUAACGAAAUAUCCUUUUGGGAUCUUCAUCAACUAUUAUAAUUAAAAAUAAUUGUUCUUUCGAUUCUAAAAGUGAUAUUUAAUAAACAGAUUUAGCUAAUAGCUUUUAAAAAAUUCCAAUAAAAAAAAGCAUUUUCUUCUCAAAUACUCUAGGUGAUACUUUAGAUAUUAAUUAAAACUCCUCUCUAGAUUAAGAGUAGUCUCCAUCUAUGGUUGAUUAACCAAAUUCAUCUAAAUUAAGUGAAGACAUAGGAGAUUUUGAUUAAAAUGUUCUUGGUCGAUUUAUUAAUUUUAAAAAGUAAUAUAAUGUUGAUGAUGAAGUUUAAGAAUGA